AUGGCGGUGCAACUGAAGCAGUGGAUGAAGUUCAAGCCGCCUAUGGCUCUGGCUGGAUGUGCUGUCGCGGAGCUCAUCGGAACAAUGUUCUUCGUCUUCCUCGGCGCCCUCUCGGUCUCCGUUUCCAGUCCGUUUGGCAAGACUGAGCCUUUAACUCGCGUUAUCGUCAUCGCUUUGGGUUAUGGCAUUGGCUUGGCUCUCGCUGUCUGUGCAACCGCCGGCGUCUCCGGCGGCCACAUCAACCCGGCCGUCACACUCUCGCUGCUAGCCGUCGGCCUCACCGACGUGCUGUCCGCCGCCGUUUACAUCGUUGCGCAGAUUCUCGGGGCCAUUUUCGGUGCGGGACUUGCCAAGGCAAUCGUCCCUUCUGAAAUCAAAGGAAUUCUCGGGCAAACGUCGCUGGGCCCGGGAGUUACAGUCGGCAUGGGUUUUCUCACUGAGCUGCUCCUUACCGCGAUUCUCGUCUACACCAUUUUUGCCUGCGCCGUCGAUCCUAGGGGCCCGGCCGCGCUCGCACCCCUGAUGAUUGGCAUUUCCGUUCUUAUCGACAAUGCCGUGGGUGUGCCUCUGACUGGCGCGUCGAUGAACCCGGCGCGUUCGUUUGGCCCGUCCGUGUGGACGGGCGACUGGGCGGAUCAGUGGAUUUAUUGGUUUGGCCCGAUAAUCGGCGCGCUCCUUGUUGCAAUUCCGUACACGGCUAUUUAUUUGAUACCUCUCGCCAACAAGGGCGACGACGAGGGAGAAACCAAGGACGAUGUUUAG